AUGCCAGAACCGGGGUCCAUCACAAUCUCGGAACCGAUCAAUCUUGAAAAGUCCACAGAAGAAGACAGCAUGGAGCAUCAACGUCCCGGCGGCAAGCCAAAGCACACAGCAACCUCCAUACACACGGAGACGGUCAAGCCAGCGAUUGUAUCAGAGGCUCGAGCGCAAGCCUUACAACAGUCGUCGGCGUCGGCACCGCCCACACGAACCACAAAGUCCUCAACUCUGGCAGACGUCCCUUCUCCGUCCCGUCAAUCCUCGAAAUCUUCACCUCUCGCCUCCUCUGCCGAGUUCGCCCCCGCAGCCCCGUUCCUCGACGAGAACACAAAGCCCAAUGUGCCUCCCAACGUGCUCGCGGCCUACCGCACCCCUCUCUACCACCCUUUGACCCACGGCAUCCCCGUCGCGCAAUUACAGCUGCGCUCUUUCUCCACGCGAAACCUCGAGUUCUUCGCCGACUUUUGCGUCCGUGCCGCAUAUUACCUCUCCCUCCCUUGUACAGGGCCCACGCCCUUGCCCAAGAAGAUCGAACGCUGGACCGUCCUGAGGAGUAAUUUCGUGCACAAGAAAUCGCAGGAGAACUUUGAAAGAAUCACAAUGAAGAGGCUGAUCACGGUCUACGAUGGCGCCCCCGAGGUGGUCGAGACGUGGCUGGCCUUUGUGCGACGCUGGCAGUUUUACGGCGUGGGCAUGAAGGCGAAUGUGUGGGGGUGGGAAUCUACAGACGUGGCGUCGAAAAUGGACGCCGACUUCUCGAAUCUCGAAAAGGAGCUCGACGACAAGCUACGGCUCUUUGGGUUCAACAAGCACGUGGCCGCCAAGCGGAACUUGUUGGGCUUGAUGGAACGGCAGCACCAUAGGCGUGAGGGUGUAGGCAUGAGUGAAGUCCGGGAGAAGGCCAGAGAGAAGGAUCCGAAUGAUCCCAAGCUCGUGGCCCAUUAUUAG